GCUCAUUCCUACUUCAGCAUUGAGUGAUGGCCUCGUAAUAAAUAUUAACCACAACAGGAACUGGGGAAUCUUGAACAACGUACGAAUCCUCGACACCCUUCUUGCUUUUUUACACGACUUAAGAUUCAGGGCAGUCGUAGGUCCAAUCCGAACCGAUUAACAUCAACGUCGCGAACUCUCUUCCUCUUACUUUUUAGAAUCAAGAACAUUAUUUGUACUCAUUAAAUUGCUGCAGUGCGUGGUACCUCCGUAGUGAUCAUUUUACUUUGUCCAAGUCGUCGUCAUCAUCAAGUAGAUCACGACCUAGCAGUAGAUCCAAGGGAUCAUCAUCAUCUUCUUCAAGUAGAUCUUCACCUAGCAGUAGAAGUAGAUCCAAAUCCAAAGAAACAAUGUUCCGCAACUACACGCCGAAGGAGGUGCAGGCCAACAAGGCCAAAAGUUCCGUGGAGCGAAAAAUCAGGGACGACGUGUUGGAGACUUAUCCGAGACUAGAGCCGGUGAUCGAGGAAAUCUGGCCAAAGAAAGGAGGAAAUGUUUUGUUGGGAAAAACAAAGUUAAGGCUCAAGAACUUUCAUUGGUCAUAGUAGAGUGUUUUCAUUCCUCAUACUAGAGGGGUUGCUCACUGGGCUCUAGAGUGUAAAAAGUGAGAGUCAAAAUAGAAGAGCAAUACGACGUAGGAUAUUAAAGGAAGAAGCAUGUUCCUUGGGCUAGCGGAACUUCUAGUGUGAUAAAUUGAUCUUUUUAGAGUUGCUUGGAAGGCAACUUGUGUAGUGUCGUCUAGUGUAGUGGAACUGGGCUCCCUCUUGAUGGGGGAAACAGAGGAAAAUGAAGGGACCAAUCAGAGUUCUCGCCUUUAACAAAGAGCAAAAUCCAGAUGGUCAUAGUGGAUGAAGAAGUCAUUUUCUUCCAACCAACCGACAAGAGCGAGAAAUGGUUUCCAACACUGCGCGUGUUGCAUAAGUACCCAAGCAUGAUGCCGAAAUUUCAAGUGGACACGGGAGCAAUCAAGUUUGUUUUGAAGGUACUUCAUCUAGAACAAGAUAUUACUUCAACUUCAUCUAGAACAAGGUACUUCAUAUAGAACUCCUAUUUGUUUGGAUGAUUUCUCGUAGUACAACAUGAUCAUGUGCCUGAAGAUGUAGUACUUCUACCUCUUGUACAAGAACUGAAGAUAGCAGAUAUAUGAGAUACUAGCUGCUAGCCGAUCACCACCACCAUGAUCGGCACCACCACCAUGAUCGGCACCACAAUUAUCUACGAUCACCACCACAAUUAUCUAUGAUCACCACCACAAUUAUCUAUGAUCACCACCACCAUGAUCGGCACCACCACCAUGAUCGGCACCAUCACGGCCUCCACAACAGGGCGCCGACAUCAUGUGUCCUGGUCUCACUCAUCCAACCGGAGGCGCUAUGGAAGACGUGCCUGCAGGAACAUGCGUCCAGAUAGUAGCGGAAAACAAGGAAAACGCUUGCGCCGUAGGACUAACAGCUAUGAGUGCUGCUGAUAUCAGGUCCACGAACAAAGGCUUGGGGGUUUUGUCAAUGCACUGUCUGAACGACUGCCUUUGGAAGGAAGGAACCGUGUCGUAAGUUGCAGGAGUAUGAUUGCGGCACUUAGUAGUUUUAGCAACGACCAACAAGAUGUGCAUUCUCACAUUUUCCAUUACAUGAUACCCCUUCAUGUUGAUGCUUGAGUGCCCCUCCAUGUUGAACGCCUGACACCCGCAUUAUAGUACCCUCGGCCCCUGCUCUCUGAUACGACGUCUUUCAUGACAUCUAAAUUGAUACCGUUUAUGAGGCGACGCGAAUGAUGCUGCAGACUCAUCAUGUGAAAAGUGCGUGGUGUUGAUACUUGUAGCGCUAAUAUCCUUGUACAAAUACUGGUGUAGAAAGUGUUCUGUCG